AUGGUCAACAAAUUACCAAGUAGAAUUAAGGAGAAUAUUACCCGUGAACAUGGUUUAAAACAGUGGUCGCUUGAUGAACUCAGACAACACUUAUUUAAUGAGAUAAGUAUAUUAGAAGCCGGACAAAGAGUUAAUUUAGAAUCAGAUGAAACAUUGCAUAGCACAGUAUACCUUGCAAAAACUGACACAAAAAAUAACUACAAUAACAAUAACAGAAAGCCACAGAAAAGUGAGGUAGCCGUUCACACGCGGAAACCAUGUAUUUAUUGUGGUGAGUCUCAUAGCCCUAAUACAUGUAUGAAAAUUGUUGACCAAAAAGACCGUCUAGAAAUCCUUAAACAAAAGAAAGCUUGUUUUAAUUGUCUUGGCAACCACCGAGUUACAGAUUGUAACUCUAAAGGAACUUGUAAACAAUGUGGACGAAAACAUCAUACCAGUAUUUGUUUAAAUAAGAGUCAGUCUUCGUUUUCUAGCAACAGUAUUUCGAAUCAUAACAAUAAAGAUAAUAAACCCGCUUCAUCAGAUAAGCAAGAUUUAGCCGAAUCCGCAUCAGCAAUGCACUGUACUACAUAUUCACAAGUACUUCUCAAGACCGCGAUAGCUACGGUGCACUCAAACGCGCAAGUCAGUAUGGAUGCAAACAUACUAUUCGACGAAGGGGCUCAGCGCUCAUUUAUUACAGAAAGUCUAGCGGAGCAACUAGAACUAAAACAAAACGGAACAGAAGCCAUAUCAAUUUCUGGAUUUGGAGGAGGUAACGGAUCAGUACGCCAUUUGAAAACCGCUGACAUAUUUGUACUCACGGAAGACGGAAGCCGCAUACAGCUGAAUAUACUCAUUGUUCCUGAAAUAGCUUCACCGAUACGGAUACAUACUACCGAGACAACUAACUUACCAUACUUGCGCGGAUUAAUACUGGCACACCCGCUUUCAGGACAUGACGUGUUCUCCGUAAAUUUAUAG